UCAUCCAAUUCCCUUGCAAAGAAAAGAAGAGAAAAAUGGCUGGAGCUUUGAUCGGAGAGGCCUUUAUUUCUGCUUCCAUCCAGGUGAUUUGUGACAGAAUUGCUUCACCCGAGUUCAUCGACUUAUUUCGGCACAAGAAACUCGAUCAACCUCUCCUCAUGAAACUGAAGAGGACCCUGUUGACCUUGAACGCAGUGCUCGAUGAUGCAGAGGAGAAGCAAAUUGAGAAACCAGUUGUGAGAGAGUGGCUUGACGACCUCAAACAUGCAGUCUUUGAUGCUGAGGACUUGCUGGAUGAGAUCAACUAUGAAGCUUUGCGAUGCAAGAUCGAAGGUGAAGCUCAAACAGCGGACAAAUUUACCAACAAGGACAGCACCUUCUCUUGGAAAGCUUUUCAUUUGCAAGGUUCCUUUACGUGUCAUUUCCAAGAAGUAUCUUGCUGAGCUGAGGUAUGGAAACAGAAAGCACUUUGGUUAACAUCCAUAUUGAAUAGUGGUG